AUGGUUUGCAAGAAAUGCGAAAAAAAAUUAUCUAAGGUAGCGGCACCGGACCCAUUCACGUCUACCUCGUCCAGCAUCAAAGACGGCUCACGGAAGGUCGGAGAGAAUAAGCUCAUUGGUCGUCCUGGGCCCUCAAAAGCAGGGGGAUCCAAGUCUAGAUUUCAGCCGUACGGGGGGAAGUGUAAAGACUGCAAGCAAACAGUCACGCAGAAUCGUGCCAAGUAUUGCCAUGGCUGCGCAUUUAAGAAGGGACUGUGCUCGAUAUGCGGCAAGCAGAUAUUGGACACUACGGGUUAUGCGAUGCAGAACAAAUGAACCUCUGCCUCGAUUAUGAUGGAAUCACGGACGCUCGGUGUACGACGGUGCU